AUGACUGACAUGUACUCACACUUCCUGCUGGUCCAAACCACCAGGAAGAAGAACAAGUACCAUGAAUUACCUGAGACCAGUCCACAGGAGCUGACAGAGGCUGACAGGGAAGUUCUUCUGAAGCUGGGGAGGCUGGCUUUUGAACAUCUGCUUGAAGGAAACAUCAUGUUCUACCAAGAAGACCUGGAGCAGUUUGGUCUUAAUGUCACAGAGGCCUCGGUGUACUCAGGGGUUUGUACAGAGAUCUUCAAAAGAGAGUGUAUGAUCUUCCAGAAACCAGUCUACUGCUUUGUUCAUCUAAGUGUUCAGGAGUUUCUGGCUGCAGUCUACAUGUUCCACUCUUUCACCAACAGGAACAUGGAGGGGAAGAGGAGAUUUCUCAAGAACAUGGAGGUGAAGAAGAAGAGGUUUUUGAAGAAAAUGGAGGAGAUGGAGAGGUUUUUGAUAAACAUGGAGGAGAUGAAGACAAUUUUUUUGAAGAACAUGGAGGAGAUAGAGAGGUUUCUGAAGAACAUGGAGGUGAUGGACAGGUUUCUGGGAGAGGAGUACAAAUGCUCAUCUCUGGAUGACUUCCUGAACAGAGUCAUGGAGAAAUCCCUCCUAAGUAAAAAUGGCCACCUGGACCUGUUUGUUCGCUUCCUUCAUGGCCUCUCUGUGGAGUCCAACCAGAGAUUCUUAGGAGGUCUGCUGGGUCAGACAGGGAUCAGUCCAGAAACCAUCCAGAGAAUCGUCAACAACCUGAAGGAGAUGAUCAGUGAUAAAGUGUCUCCAGACAGAAACAUCAACAUCUUCCAGUGUCUGAUGGAGAUGAAGGACUUCUCAGUUUUUCAGGAGAUCCAAAUGUUCCUGAAGUCAGAAAGCAGAUCAGAGGAACUCUCAUUGAUCCAGUGUUCGGCUCUGGCUUACAUGCUGCAGAUGUCAGAGGAGGUUCUGGAUGAGUUGGACCUGAAGAAGUACAACACAUCACUUGAGGGUCGACUGAGACUGAUUCCAGCUGUGAGGAACUGCAGAAAGUUUGUGUGAGUCCAGAUGUUUCAUUCCAUCAUCAGUCAGUGGAGAUCAGCUGUUUGAAUUAUUAUUAGUUUUUAGAACCAUGAGGGGUUCUGUUUGGAUCAAGUUAAAGACACUUUUUUAUCUUCAUCAGAUAAAACAUUUUCAUAGAAAUGACUGAAGAAGUUUCCAAGUCAA